AUGAAAUUAUUACAAUGGGCCGCCCUCGGCCUGACGAGCGCUGUCGCUGCAGUAUCGAACGAGUCGUCACAAUCGCGCAACCUUCUCUCAACGCCAUUCAGCCCUCCACAGACUUUCCGAAAUGUCCACCUGGUCCGGAGUAUCAACCUGGAGAAGAGCUAUGCGAAAGAGUUGACUUAUGUUGUGAUUGAGAAUGUCUCCAAGGAGCCUCAGCAGGAGUACUACCUACCGUUCGAUGUCUCCACUCUGGGCCGGAUCGGUGGUCUCGAGGUCAAGGACAAGAACCAACCGCAACAACCGGGAUUCGUCAUCGACGUUGUCGGCACCGAUCCUGUCAGCUCCACAGAAUACUACAAGGUCACGCUACCAUUUCCGCUGGCGCCUAAUGACCAGAGCACACUCGCCAUCUCAUACUUCAUCCUAUCUGCCCUGGAACCUCUCCCGGCCAAGAUCGAACAGUCCGCAAAGCAAUACGUCCUGCACAAAUUCUCCGCCUUUGCGCCCAGCGCAUACACUACGGUCAAGCAGAAGACCAAGCUCAAGCUACCAACUACGGACGUGCCCAACGCUGUCACUCUUCCCGCUUCAUUGAACGCUGAGGGUAAGGAGGACCCGCAAAAGCAAGGUACCACAUACACCUACGGUCCUUACGGAGAGCAGCCGGCUGGUGCCGUGCAGGAGGUCAGCGUGCGAUAUGAGUACACCAAGCCACUUACACAUGCAACGCUGCUGGAGCGCGAUGUUGAGAUCAGCCAUUGGGGCGGCAACAUCGCGACUGAGGAGCGAUUCUGGUUGACCAACCGAGCUGCCACUCUCAAGAACCAAUUCUCUCGGCUGCAGUUCCAGCAAACUGCCUACUACAAUCCCCCAUCGUCGGCAUUAAAGGAGCUGCGUUUCCCUCUGGUGGCAGGUAGCAUCGACCCAUACUUCAUCGACGACAUUGGAAACGUGACCACCUCCCACUUCCGCGCUAAUGCACGCGAGUCGAACCUCGAGAUCAAGCCUCGAUACCCCAUGUACGGAGGCUGGAACUACUCCUUCCGCGUCGGCUGGAACAGCGACUUGAAGGCCUUUGUCCGCAAGCUUUCCGACUCCGUCGCUCCUGACAGCUACGUGCUCAAGGUACCAUUCUUUGAAGGGCCCAAGCAGAGCGAGGGCAUUGAGUACGAGCGCAUCGUUUCUCGUAUUAUUCUGCCCGAAGGCGCGACUAAUGUCCAAUUCGAGACAACCCUCCCCUACAUCUCCUCAUCCGUCACUCUCCACAAGACUUUCAUGGAUACCCUCGGCCGCACAACUCUGACCAUUACCGCGAUCAAUGUUGUCGACGACCUUCGCGACCGUGACCUCAUUGUCCGAUACUCUUACCCAUUCGCGGCUCGUCUCCGCAAGCCCUUGAUCUUCUUCGCCGGUCUGGCGACCUUGUUGGUUGUGAGCUGGGUGGUAGGAAACCUGGAUGUGAGCAUCGGCAGGAAGGAAAAGGGCUUAUUGAAGAAGAGAGCAUAGAUGCGAUUGACUAGGCCUAUCUCGGGUCGAGAUGAAUUGGUGCGCCCUCUCUCAUUAUCUUGCGCGCUUGUAUUUCGUGAGUAUCUCAUGUAGCCAUACAAAUGAUCAUGAUAGACAACGUUCACCGUGCAUGUUGUUCACUCACCGCACAAAUAUGCCCAAACGGAAAAGCUCG